UAAAUAGUUUCUAAUUACGAGUUACAUUAGGUUCAUAUGAUACAAGCAAAGCCUUAAAUUCGCGAGGAUACAAAAACUUACAUUAGAUUCAAAUGUUUAGUAAACAUCAUAUUGGGAAAUCAACACGAAAAAGCCAAAUGCAUUGGAGUUUGGCCAUGGCCAUGGGCGGCGCGAUGGAUAGCUGCGGGCGGUGUAUGAAGGUUUCCUUGGUCAUUAUCAACGUCUUAACACUUAUAGGCGGUGCACUAGCAUUGGGAAUCGGACUAUGGAUCUGGGUGUCCCGGUCGUUCCCGAGCACGCUGAUGAUGAACAACAUGUUCAUCGCGUCGGUGGCGGUGAUAGUGGUGAUGGGCGCCGCUGUCAUGUUCCUGUCGCUGCUCGGCUGCUGCGGCGCCGCCAAGGAAGUCAAGUGCAUGCUGUUAACGUAUUACAUCUUAGUUUUCAUCAUCUUCGUGGUCAUGCUAGUGGGCGGGAUCCUACUGUUCGUGUUCCGAGCCAAAGUGCUGACUACGCUGGAGCGGGAGAUGCACGCCUCCAUACCGUACUACGGCGUCAAGCACGAGUACACGAAGGCUUGGGACGACACACAGACGUACUUGCAGUGCUGCGGUGUGAAGAGUUACAAGGACUGGAACGACAACGUUCCUGAGAGUUGCUGCCAAGAAGUGUACCCGGGGAAGCGCCGAGACUGCAAGUAUUCCCAGAACCCGACGACCAUGUACAUGGACGGCUGCUACAGUAGGACAGUGGACUUGCUGCGGGAAGACGCCGUCUACGUCGGCGCUGUGGCCAUAAUAGUCGCUUUGAUUAUGGUGUUGGCGCUAAUAUUUUCAUGUGGACUAUUCGUGAAAAUAGAGUGACAAUACUAAAAAAAUCGUGACUGAAUUGUGUUUUUUACUUUGAGUGAUGAAUUAUUGGACGGCUGAAUGUGUCUCAUUGUCCAAAAUUGUACUGAAAAUUCGUUAAUUUAUAUUCUAAAUGUAGAUAGAUACAUGUUUGAAAUAAAUUUUUACACUGAUUUUAUUAAAAUUGA